AAAACCGCCGGAGAAAUGCUGCCGCGCCGGCCGGUGGCGGCGCUCUACGUCCCGGUGCGGGGCCUGCUCGAGGCCCGCGUGCCGUGGGGCCGGGACCGGGCGCUCGACCACGUCGUGGAGCGGGAGCGCCACCUCGUCCCCUUCCUCCUCACCAAGGACGCGCUGCUCACGGCCGCGCCGCCGCCGCACGCCGUGCCGCUCCACGCGCUGCCCUCCACCAUCCCCUUCCCGUUCCGCCCGCUCCGCUUCCUCCGCCUCUACGCCUCCGCCUUUGAGCUCUCGCCGCACCCCGUCACCGUCUCGCCCACGCACAGGCUCAGCACGCUCCACCUAGACGAGGCGCAGGCCAUCGACGCCACCCGCGCCGACGCCGCCGACCGCCUGCUGCGCCUCCUCAUGCUCGCGCCCUCCCGCGCGCUCCCGCUCCACCUCGUCGCGCGCAUCCGCCUCGACCUCGGCCUCCCCUCCGACUUCCCCCGCUCGCUCCUCCCGCACUACCCGGACUACUUCGCGCUCUCCGCCGACGGCCGCCUCCUCGAGCUCGUCUGCUACCGGAAGGACCUCGCCGUGUCGGCCGUGCAGUCCUACGCGCAGCGGACCGGCGGGUACAAGGUCGGCGACCCCAUCGCCUUCCAGCUCUCGUUCCCCCGUGGAUUUGACCUCGACAAGAACGUUCGCAAGUGGCUGGAUGAGUGGCAGAAGCUGCCAUACAUCUCGCCUUACGAAGAUGGUUCACACCUGGCUCCUAGGAGCGACAUCACCGAGAAGAGGACUGUGGCGGUGUUGCAUGAGGCGCUCAGCCUGACGGUGGGGAAGAAGAUGGAGAAGGAGGUUUUGGUCAAGCUUGGGGAGGCUCUACGGCUACCACCGGGGUUCAGGAAGGUGCUCGCGAGGCACCCAGGGAUUUUCUACCUGUCGCAUAAGCUGAGGACCCAAACAGUGGUGCUCCGGGAAGCCUACCGGAGGCAUAUGUUGGUGGACAAGCACCCAAUGAUGGGGAUAAGGUAUCAGUUCCUGCAUUUGAUGCAUAUGGGGAGGGAGGAGGCCGGCAAAGCCAAGGGCAAGGAGAGGAAGACAAUUCGUGGCGACCAAAUGAUGGGAGAGGAGUACGGUGCAGAUGGGGAGAACGAGGAAGAUGAGGAGGACUAUGAUGAUGAGGAGGAUGAAGACGAGGACGGGGAGAACAUCGAAGCAGGUGUUGCUUCAGAGGACGAGGAGAGUGAUGACGAGGAUACAGAGAACAGUAGUCAUUCCUCAGUGCGAGAGACUGGAGAACUGCAGCAAGCCGCUAACUGAAACAAGAACCUGCAUCAUAGCUGGUUUUGUGACGUUGGUGGUGAUGUGCGCUUGAAUUGCAUGAAUAUGCUUGGAAACUGAACAACAGAAUGUACAAUCAACUUCUAUAACAGGUACAAAACCUACUAGAAGAUGGUGCUUGUUUUUGAGAAGUAGCUGGUGAUUAUUAAGUGAAAUCAUCCUUGUUGUAGCAUGGUGGCUUCACCUAAGUUAAUCUUAUAUAUCUUAGAUUUUCGGGUAGAUUACUGAAAGCAUGAUGCCUUUUUUUUCCUUCACUAAUGUGCUAUUCUCUCGUGUUCAAUAAAAAGACUGCUGAUCACAAUUAUUUUA